GCUGACUGACAACAAUCAUGGCGGACUGCACGGAAGCCAUGGACUGUAUAACGGAGCACGAACGGAUUCUGCAGGAAAUUGAGAGCACUGAUACGGCUUGUGUCGGUCCCACCCUUCGGUCUAUUUAUGAUGACCAGCCCAAUGCUCACAAGCGCUUCAUGGAAAAGCUGGAUGCCAGGAUAAGGAACCACGAUCGGGAGAUUGAAAAAAUGUGCAAUUUUCACCAUCAAGGCUUUGUGGAUGCUAUCACAGAGCUUCUUAAAGUUCGUGCUGAUGCUGAGAAACUAAUGGGCCAAGUGACAGACACUAAUCGAAGAUUACAAGAAGCUGGGAAGGAAGUAACAGCUCAGACAGAGGAGGUGAUUCGCUGUCGGAUCCAGCAGAGGAACAUGACCACCACUGUGGAGAAGCUUCAGCUCUGUUUACCAGUCCUUGAAAUGUACAGCAAACUAAGGGAGCAGCUGGAAUCCAAAAGGUAUUAUGCUGCACUGAAAACCAUGGAGCAGCUGGAGAACGUUUAUAUACCAAGGGUCAGCAAGUACAGGUUCUGUCAGAUUAUGGCUGAAAACCUGCCCAGACUGAGAGAGGAGAUCAAGGAGAUCUCGAUGUCAGACCUCAAAGACUUCCUGGAGAGCAUUCGCAAACAUUCAGACAAGGUCGGAGAGGCUGCGAUGAGACAGGCACAACAACACAGGACCUUUAACAGUGCUGUUGCAAAGCAGCUCAAUAUAGGGCACUACACAAAGCCAGUGUAUUCCUUCAAUGGACGAACACACAUCCAUGUUCCCAACGGCCUGUUGAUGAACGAUGACACAAGAGACGAGGAGGAAGCUGAUGAAGAGGUUCUUACAGCUCAGGACCUGGUGGACUUCUCACCUGUCUACAGGUGUCUACAUAUUUACACUGUGCUGGGUGAUCGAGAAACAUUUGAGAACUACUACAGGAAACAGAGGAAAAAGCAGGCCCGUCUAGUGUUGCAGCCACAGGCUAACAUGCAUGAGACCGUAGAAGGCUACAGAAGAUACUUUAAUCAGAUCGUUGGAUUCUUUGUUGUGGAGGACCAUAUCCUCCACGCCACAACAGGGCUGGUGACGAGAGCGUUCACCGAUGAACUGUGGAAUAUGGCCUUGUCCAAGAUCAUCGCCGUGCUCCGGACUCACACGUCAUACUGUGAGGACCCCGACCUGGUUCUGGAGCUGAAGAACCUCAUAGUUAUAUUUGCAGACACACUACAGGGUUAUGGUUUUCCUGUGAACCGACUCUUUGACUUGCUCUUUGAGGUCAGAGACCAGUACAACGAGACUCUGCUGAAGAAGUGGGCAGUGGUUUUCAGGGAGAUUUUUGAGUCUGACAACUAUAGUCCCAUCCCUGUUGAAACAGAAGAAGAGUACAAGCUAGUGGUCAGUCGCUUUCCUUUCCAUGAUGCUGAGAUUGAAAAGCAGGACUUUCCUAAGAAGCUGCCAAUGUCCCAGUCUGUUCCUCAGAUUUACACACAAGUCAAAGAGUUUAUUUAUGCUAGCCUCAAGUUUUCAGAGUCACUACAUCGCAGUUCAACAGAGGUUGAUGACAUGUUGCGAAAAUCAACCAACCUGCUGCUAACGAGAACUCUCAGUAGCUGUUUGCAAAACCUCAUCAAGAAACCUCACAUAGGUCUUACUGAGCUGGUGCAGAUUAUCAUUAACACCACCCACCUGGAGCAGGCCUGUAAAUAUUUGGAGGAGUUUAUAACAAACAUCACUAACGUCUCUCCUGAAACUGUUCACACCACAAGACUCUAUGGCUUAGCCACAUUUAAGGAUGCUCGUCAUGCUGCAGAGGGAGAGAUUUACACCAAACUGAACCAAAAAAUUGACGAGUUUAUCCAGCUAGCUGAUUAUGAGUGGGAUAUGUCUGAGUCAGACGGCCGUGCCUCAGGAUACCUCAUGGACCUGAUCAACUUCCUUCGCUCCACUUUUCAGGUCUUCACACACCUUCCGAAUAACAACAAUGACCAUGCAUCAAUGUCGGAUGAAGGACACCAGCAAGAAGAACAACAUCUUCUCCCAGUUCAGGAAGAAUGACAGAGACAAGCAGAAGCUGAUAGAGACUGUAGUCAAACAGCUGAGGAGCCUCGUGAAUGGCAUGUCCUCCUAACAACACACACAAACGUGAUGUGGACCAGAUAUUAUAAGUGGAACAUGCAUGCAGUCACAUGCACAAAUCGGACUGCCAAGAAAAUUCACAGAAGUACAUUUUAACAUAUAUGAAGUGGUUACAACACACAAAACUACACACAUUCAGAUGGAAGGAACACACAAAUAUGAGUCACAUACUUAAACACUUUACGUCAGUGGUUCUCAAACUGUGGGGCGUGGUGCAUGACCACUAUUUUCAUUUUAUUUCAUUUUCAUUUUCAUUAGAAGAACUAAUGUUGAGAUGCUGUUGUGACAGACCAUAGAAGAGCCUGGGCAGUGUAGAGCGUGGGUCCAGUCCUUGUGGUUCAGUCAACGUAUGUCUCAAAUACAUGAUGAGUAGAGAAGUAAGGCUGGAUCCAUACUCCACAAGAGUUCAGAAAAUCUGCCAACAGAUACUCAGAGAACUUGCAAAAAGUCAUUUUUGGCUCCUGAACACCUGGAAUGAGUCCUCGGGGCAGAACCAGAACCUGCUGGAUGGACUUUAUGUCAUCUCUGGCCUUUUAAAAUUAUUUAUAUCCAUGUUUGAGCCAUCACAGGCUGAUGAAGGUUCUGCUUUAUUUUUUAUUUGUUCUUUCUUUUGAUCCACGAUUAGUUGUAAAGGUAGACUUUAUUUGAGA